UCGGUUAGGGGAGAUUCGAGCAUGACAUUUCAAUUCGAGCUUAUUGCGACUGAUGGAAGAGCGCGAGCAGCGCGUUUGAGUUUGCAUCCUCGCGAAUCUCGCACACCGAUGUUCAUGCCCGUAGGUACACAAGGAUCAGUCAAAGGAUUGACAUCCAAGCAGAUGGAGGAUCUUCGCUGCCAAACUGUCCUCGGCAACACUUAUCACUUGGAGAACCGUCCGGGCUCAGACUUGAUGAAAGAACUGGGAGGGCUGCAUCGUUUCAAUAAUUGGAGCGGGGGCACUCUGACUGACAGUGGCGGCUUUCAAAUGGUGAGCCUUUUGGAUUUGGCCGAGAUUUCGGAAGAUGGGGUAACCUUUCAGUCUCCUAUAGAUGGGCAACAGAUGAUGCUCACUCCUGAGCGAUCAAUUCACAUUCAGAAUGGUAUCGGUGCCGAUAUUAUCAUGGCUCUCGAUGACGUCGUUAGCUCUGUACACCAUGAAAGUUCCAGAUUUGAAGAAGCUACUCAACGAACCCUUCGCUGGAUCGACCGCUGUGUUGCGGCGCAUCGCCGACCAUCUGAGCAAGCACUGUUUGGAAUUAUUCAGGGAGGGCUGGAUCAAACGCUGCGUGAUGUGUGUGUUGAGGGUGCAGCACGAAAUGAUAAUCUUCCAGGAUACGCAGUUGGGGGUCUUGCAGGGGGAGAAGAAAAGGAUGCGUUCUGUAGAGUCGUGGCGCAGUGCACUGCAUCGUUGCCGGAUGAUAAACCUAGAUAUGUCAUGGGCGUUGAAUCAACCCGUGUUGUGGUGUGUGUCUACUAUUCGGUAUGUUCUGCGCUUGGGGCCGACAUGUUUGAUUGCGUAUACCCGUCUCGCACGGCGAGAUUCGGUACUGCCCUGAUUCCUGAGGGAGUUCUUCGCCUGAAAACAGCUGCGAUGGCAUCCGACUAUCGUCCCAUCGACAGCGAAUGCGAUUGCAUGGUAUGCAUGCAAUACAGCCGUGCGCACCUACAUGCAAAAAUUACGAAGGAGCCUAACGCGGCGAGUCUACUGACCUACCAUAACAUUCGCUAUCAGAUGAGACUAUGUGAGCAAAUGCACCAGGAAAUCGUUGACAAUCAAUUUGGACAAUUUGUGGGGCGCUUCAUCCGACGCCGUUUUCCUGAAGGACAUGUUCCCCCCUGGGUGCGCGAUGCGCUUUCGUUGGCGGGCAUCAGUCUUUGAUUUUUGGCUCGUGGAGCUUGCGAAGAGAUGACGAGACAUUGAUGACUGUUUUCACCUUCAAAGACUUUAUGGCGAGUAGAAAAAGUUUCCACAUCUUUCACCUUCAAAGGUAUGCCUUUCUCAUGGUAUAGAGCAAAUGUGUACUAGUAGUGCUGUCGGUAAUCUUUCUAUCUGUAUUUGAUUGAUGCCGCGACCGCGCGUUUUCAGUGUUCACAAUGAAUAAUCAUGCGCUGCCAUACACGAUGCACUCGGAUAAAAGCAACCGGACAGAGCCUUUACAAUAAGAAUAGCUUGUUGACGGGUCGAGGUGGCGAUCCACACUCUCCCAUUGUGACCAGUUGCGAUUUCAAAUGAAACUGCACUUCCAAGUAUCCCAAGAACCGUUUCAAAAGACCGACUUUGCAUGUUUCUCGCAAACUUAGAGUUGCAUCUCGGAAAAAACCCUUCAGUAAGCACACCUAGUCCUCGAACAUCGUGCAUUUCUUCAACACAUGUCAGUGCCACUUCUCCAAGGUGGUUGACUCCUUGGACACGAGCGUGGACUAAGGCUCCGAUCUUCAACUUUGGACGACUCUGUUUCGUGCCAACAGAAAAUUGCACACGAGGAAGUGCAGCCAGCGACGAGCUGCCCGUGCUCAUUGAGAACCCGUCUGCGUGAAUAUCGAUUAUGCAGCCUAACACACUAUCUCCACUCGCUGGGCAGUAUCGGUGUGUCGGUCCUUCAACCGACAGACUGAAUCCGUCUCGGUCUUUCAGGGUUCCCGAAAUGGUUGAAAUCAGAUAGCAAUCAUGAUGUCGAAUCCGUUCUCCGAUUUUAAAAUCGCCCGAAAAGAAGAGUCCG